AUGACAUGUGCAAGUGAGAAUAGACUUGAACAGAGUGGAGUGUAUCCUACAAUAAUAGGUAUUUCGUGGUUCGCUGCAAAUAUGCAUAUAAGUAUGAUUGCAGUUGUCCGUUAUAUGCUAUUAUUACACCCGCUGAAAUCAAAACUCAUUUUGACAAAGAGUCGUGUAAUGACAGCGUCAUUUGUCAUAUGGACAGUCGGUCUGGUGUUUUGGAUCACAUACUUGAUGCUGGCAAAAUAUGGUUUGGUUGCCAGUCAAGUCACAAGCGAUACACCAUUCGUGGUCUGGGCUGCCGUUUAUCUCCUACCGGUUUGCAUAACGGUGUUUAUGCACCUCCGUAAAUGGUUUGUUCUAUUGUCAGUAUCAAAGACACUUCGUGGACAGACAGUACAAAUCACAUCUCGUAAGAUAUCGAAGUUGAUUCUUGUAAUAAUCAUUUUCCCUGUUAUGUUACCUAUUCCUAAACUGGUUUUUGAGAAAAUGACGAAAUAUAAUAUUACUUUUCCUUCCUUGGAAUCUAAGAUCCAUUUUGAAGGACUCGCAUUAAUGAUAUUCUUCAUUAAUAGCAGCAUAAAUCCAGUUUUGUAUGCUUUUCUUAGUCUUCGAUAUAGACAAAGUAUCCGAAGGGCGUGUGAUCGGUUGGGAGAGAUGACGUCAUCAAAGUUGGGGCUUUAUCAAUGUCAAGCAAAUACUCAAAUUUUAAUGAGGAUGGCAGCCCUAGUUUGGUUGGUUCAAAGACAGAAGUGA